CAUCGUCUACGGAUUGGCACAAUGCUACUUCGAAUUUCGAGUUGCUUAGAACCAUGGGAAAAAAAUUGAAAAAAAAAAACCCCCCCAUUUGUAGUACACUGGGUGUGGUCACUACCUGGCUCAGCCUAAGAUGGGUCACAGACAGUCUUGCACGACCAUCCCACCCCGUCCAACUGCAAAUAAAACGCUGCAGUGCUUGGGAUCCCCUUGUUCCUGCCGGCAGGAGAGAGAUAUGAGAGUAGUGAGAGGCUCGAAUAAAUACUCCGGGGCGGGUAGAAAAGUGGGAGCGGCGAAGGCCCCCCGCGGGGAGGACUCGGGGAACAGCGGGUGGUCUCUCCUUUCACUCUUUACUUUAUUCUCACUUUUUACCUUCUUCAUAUAUUGAAGCAAUCCCGUCUCAGAACCCAAAUUUAGAAAGGCUUACAACUCUAGACAUGUUAACAACCUAGCCCUCUAG